GUGUGUCCUGAGCUCCACAGUGAAUGUUGAGUGUCGGUGAGUGUGAGCGGACAGAAACAGAGAGAUGUCCCCGCUGCUGCUGCUCCUGCUCGGCCUGCUGGCCCUGAUCCUCUGCGUCCUCCGCUCCAGGACCAGAAGAGACGGUGAACCUCCGCUCAUUAAAGGCUGGAUUCCUUUCAUUGGGAAGGCUCUGGAGUUCGGACAAGAUGCCCACACAUUUCUGGAAGAACAGAAGAAGAAGUGCGGAGACAUUUUCACAGUACAGAUCGCAGGUAAAUACAUGACCUUCAUCAUGGACCCUCUGCUGUAUCCAAACAUCAUCAAACAUGGCCGACAGCUGGACUUCCACGAGUUCUCCGGUAAGGUGGCGCCCGUCACCUUCGGCUACCCGCCCGUCAUCAGCAGGAAGUACCCCGGCCUGCAGGAGAAGAUCAGCCGCUCCUUCCAGCUCCUCCAGGGAGACAACCUGUCCGCCCUGACAGAGAGCAUGAUGAGUAACCUGAUGCUGGUGCUGCGUCAGGACCACCUGAGCGAGCAGCCGCAUGGCGAGGGCGGCUGGAGGAGCAGCAACAUGUACGAGUUCUGCAACUCCAUCAUGUUCGAGGCCACUUUCCUCACCAUGUACGGCAGGCCGGCGUCCGCCAGCCGCCACAGCGGGAUGGGCGUGCUGAGGGAGGACUUUGUCCGGUUUGACAACAUGUUCCCGCUGCUCAUCGCUCAGAUCCCCAUCUGGCUGCUGGGACAGACCAAGGCCAUCCGAGAGAAGCUCAUCAACUACUUCCUGCCCCACAGGAUGUCGUACUGGUCCAACAUGUCGCAGUUCAUCAGGACGCGGUCGGAGGUGUUUGAGCAGUACGACGCGCUGAGGGACGUCGAUAAAGCAGCUCAUCACUUCGCCAUCCUGUGGGCGUCUGUGGGGAACACCGUCCCCGCCACCUUCUGGGCCAUGUACUACCUGGUGAGUCACCCCGAGGCUCUGCAGGUCGUCCGCCAGGAGAUCCACGACGUCCUGAGGCUCAGCGGAGUCGAGUUCAGCAGCGACAGAGAUGUGAUGUUUGGCAGAGAGCAGCUGGAGGAGCUGGUUUAUCUCGAGAGCGCCAUCAACGAGAGCCUCCGCCUGUCCUCGGCCUCCAUAAACAUCCGUGUUGCUCAGGAGGACUUCAGCCUGAAGCUGGACGGCAAGCGCUCGGUGGCGGUCAGGAAAGGAGACUUCAUCGCCCUCUACCCUCAGACUAUGCACAUGGACCCCGAGAUCUACGAGGAGCCGCAGUCGUUCCGGUUCGACCGCUACAUGCAGGACGGCCGGCUGAAGACAGACUUCUACAAAGACGGUCAGAGGCUGAAGUAUUACCUCAUGCCGUUUGGCUCCGGCUCGUCCAUGUGUCCCGGACGAUACUUCGCCAUCAACGAGAUCAAACAGUUCCUGUGUCUCCUGCUGCUCUACUUCGACCUGCAGCUGGAGGCGGGGCAGGACAGAGUCACUCUGGAUGCCAGCAGAGCCGGACUGGGCAUCCUGCUGCCCUCCAAGGACGUCCUCUUCCGCUACAGACUGCAGAGCGUCUGACCUGGUGUGUGUGUGUGUGUGUGUGUGUGUGUGUGUGUGUGCGUGUGUGUGUGUGUGCGCGUGUGUGUGUGUGUGUGCAUGUGUGUGUGUGUGUGUGUGUGUGUGUGUGUGUUUACUGCGGCGAGCUUCAGAUUCUAUUUUUAUAACCCUGACACAGAUUAUAAGAGUGUACUUAUAGUUAUACAGUGGAAACACUGUGACAGCAUGAGGGAGUCUCUCAUGUCGACAUGACCUGAUCGAACUCGACCUGACUUGAAUUGACAGGACUCAAUGUGACCAGAAGGGACUUGAUCUGAUGCAACGCGACUCAACCAUAUUCAACUUAAUUCGACCUGAAGGGAUUUGGCAAGAUUUGAACAGACAUGUCACAACUCAGCCUGACUUAACUCAACUUGACUUGAAGAGACUCGAUCUGAUUCAAAUUGACAUGACUUUACUCAACCAAACUUGACUCAACUUGAACUGAAGGGACCUGUAAUAACAUGACUCAACCAUGCUCAAGUCAACUCUUCCUGACUCUUCCUUGAACUGGAGGGACUCGACCUGAAGGGACUCGACCUGACUCAAAUUGACAUGACUCGACUAAACCUGGUUUGACUCAACACCCUAGCAUAGAUUCGACCAACUUGAACUGAAGGGACUUGACCUGACUCAAAUUGACAUGAAAUGACUCGACCUGAAGGGACUCAAGCCGAUGCGACACGACUCAACCAUGCUCUUCCUGACGCAACUCGACCUGACUCAAAUGUGAAUCAACUCAACCUGACGUGACUUGACCCUGAUGCAACCUUCACAAAGAAGGAACUCGAAUUGACAUGACUCAGCUCAACCAUACUCAACUCAAGUCUUCUUGACACCACUUGACCUGAAGGGACUUGACCUGACCCAGACUGACAUGACUCGACUCAACCUGGCAUGUCUCAACGUGACACAACAAGAACCAACCACGUUCGACUCAACUUGAACUGAAAGGACUUAUUCUGACUCUGAUAGACAUGAAAUGACUCGACCUGAUGUGACUCGACCUGAUGUAACUCGACCUGAUGUGACUCGACCUGAUGUAACUGGACCUGAUGUAACUCGACC